AUGGCGCUUAAGCCGCACAAGCCCUUGACGCUGGAUCUGGAGGCGCCCGCAAUGGAGGACGGCGAGCCCGAGCUGCCCGUGGGGAACCUGGACGACCGCGCGGGCUUCUGGGUCACGUACUGCGCCUUCUUCUUCAGCGGCGCGGGCUCCAUCGCCAUGUGGUCGUGCAUCACGCUGUGCCUCACCUACUUCGACGAGAGAUACCCGGACGACCGCGUGGGGUUCGUCUUCCCGGUCGUCAACAUGUCAACGUUGCUGGUCAUUUCGCUGUACAUGGUGAUGGCGGGGCGCCAGCUUUCGCUCAAUAGUCGGAUGCACGGCUCAUUGGGGACCUACGCGGGCUUUGUGCUGCUACUACCGAUGGUCAACGUGGUGCUGCUGCCCCAUGACGUGGGGUAUCCACUGACGCUGCUGUCGUUGAUGGGGUCUACAGUCUCUUCGUCCAUCAUGCAGUCCUCCAUGUACGGACUGGGAGGAGUCUUCGGGCCCGUGUUCAUCCAGGCUAUUGAAGGCGGCAAGGGCUUCGGCGCCAUCUUGCUGUUCGCAGUGCGCCUCGCGUUGAAGUGGUACUUGGAGGGCGACGCCAGCGACGGACUUGAUCUACAGCAGCAGAACUACUACGCCAAGCUCUCCAUGGGCGUGUUCUUCGGCAUUGCAUUGCUGAUAGUGGUGACGACGUGGGCGCUGUACUGGGCGAUGUUGCGCACCAGGUUCUCCCAGCCGCUGCUGGCAGAGUAUGCUUUGGUGCAAUACGAGACGCCAUUGACCCCGCCGGCGCUGUCGCCCCUGUCCAGCCCCGUUAGUCCGCUGAGAAGACCCACCGCAUUCUUCAAUCAUGACGGGAUGAAUGAACGCAGCCCGCUGUUGGCGAACAACUUGAGCGCGCACAAUGGAUCGGCGACGAAUAACCACGAGGACGACGCGGAUGACGAGGAAGACGCGUUCGAGGUCGAAGAAGAGAUCGAGGAGCACGCGGCUGCGGCGACGGUCAUGAACGUGCUGCACACUGCGCUGAAGCCCUUCUUCUCGCUGUUCUUCAGCUACUUCGUGUGUCUCUCGUGCUUUCCGGGCAUCAUCUCGGCCAUCCCAUCCGUGGCGCUUAACCUUGGAGACUGGUUCCCUAUCGUGCUGGUGGGGUGCUACAACCUGGGCGACCUGGUGGGGAAGAACCUCCCAGCCUACGCCAUGUACUUCGACGAGUCGACGCUUCACCUACCGUGGCCGUUCCAGCUCUCGUUCCUGCCGCUCUUGAUGGCAGCGCUCGUCCACCCCUUUGAUGACAUUACAAUCAUCAUCGCCGUGCUCUUGCUGGGCUUCACCACAGGCUACGUGGCCACUUCCAGUAUCAUCAUCGCUCCGAGCAUGUGCUCCGAAUACCAGAAAGAGGUCGCAGGUAUGGUGGGCGGGCUCAGCUCCAUCAUCGGGCUGUGCGCUGGUUCCUACAACGGUUUGGCGCUUGAGGCUGUCGUCCAAUUCUGGCUGGGAGACGCAACUCAGUAA